CGGUUUCUAGCCGCCUUCGCCUGGGCCGGGCCGGUCGGUUUGGAAGGCGUGCGCGCGCAGAACGCGAAGGCCGGUGGUCAAUCGCCUAAGGCUAUGGCGGCAGCGGCGGCUGCCGGCAGCGGCGGCGCGCCGAACUCAGCCGCCGCUGCGGGGGGUUGGCGGCUUCCCGGUAGGGUCCUCGAGUUCGUCUUCUCCUACUUGGACCUCCGGGAGCUCCGGAGCUGCGCGUUGGUGUGUAAGCUGUGGUACCGCGUUUUGCACGGCGACGAGAACAGCGAGGUGUGGCGCAGCCUGGCGGCUCGCAGCCUCGCCGAGGAGGCGCUACGCACCGAUAUCCUCUGCAACGUGCCCACCUACAAGGGCAAGGUACGUGCCUUUCAGCAUGCUUUCAGCACCAAUGAUUGUUCUAGAAAUGUUUAUAUUAAGAAGAAUGGAUUUACUUUGCACCGGAAUCCCAUUGCUCAGAGUACCGAUGGAGCAAGGACCAAGAUUGGCUUCAGUGAAGGCCGUCAUGCUUGGGAAGUCUGGUGGGAAGGUCCUCUUGGUACAGUGGCAGUGAUUGGAAUUGCUACAAAAAGAGCUCCCAUGCAGUGUCAAGGUUAUGUAGCCCUCCUCGGGAGUGAUGACCAGAGCUGGGGCUGGAAUUUAGUGGACAAUAAUUUAUUACAUAAUGGAGAAGUCAAUGGCAGUUUUCCACAGUGCAACAAUGCCCCAAAAUAUCAAAUAGGUGAGAGAAUUCGUGUUAUCCUGGAUAUGGAAGACAAGACCUUGGCUUUUGAGAGAGGCUAUGAGUUCUUAGGAGUUGCAUUUCGAGGACUGCCAAAGACAUGUCUGUAUCCAGCAGUGUCUGCUGUAUAUGGCAACACUGAGCAAGAACAUGAAAAUCAAGUUGACAACGUGGAGAAACCUGCAUAUUGGUUAACAGGACAGCAUGAGGAAACUACAUGGAUGUGUGCUCAAGAAACCAAAACUUGUGAUUAAAAAGACCAACUGUUAACGGAGUGCACUGACAUUUCCUUUUUCUGCCGGACCAGAAAAAUUCCUCGGGGGGUUUACAGUUAAACAGGCAGUUAACCACAAGCAUGUUGCAUUGGAUUUUGUACCAAGAGUGGCAAUAUGGAAUCCUGUAUAUACGUAAGGAAUUGUUUAAUAGAAGUAAUUGAGGAAGUUAUCUAAUAUGUGAGAGUAACGUGUUCUGUAGAAAAGGUUUCCAUUUUGAAAGCAAUUUGUUCUUUUCCAACCUUUAAUCCAGUGUGUUUUACCAAAGGUAAUAAACUUGGAUUUUAUUUAAUAUAUUUUGGUUGUGCUUGGAAGCACUGAUUCUGGAGAUCAGUUUUCCAGAGCUAUAUUGUGCAGCUAUACUGAAAUGUAUUUUAAAAAUUGUUUGUAUAGAAACUAAAAAUCGAAUGAAAGAAAGGUUUGCUAACCAGUAUGUAAUUUCUCAAAUGGAUAAACCACUACAUGUCAAACGUCAAUCUUUGUCUAGGAAUUGGACAAAAUAUAUAUAAGUGCAUUUCUGUUUUGUUGUGCCACAUCUCUUUUGGCAAAAGGAGCAAUGUAUGCUUAUUAAAUAAUGGUUGAGAUUGAUCAAUAGAAUAGUAUAUAUGUGGAAGGAUAAAAUUUAUUUCUAAUGUAUUUUGAAAAAUUAGGUUUCCAAAGUAUUUCCAAAUAGUGGUCAUUUCAAAAUAUUCAAUUCCUUAAAUUAAAUUAAAUCAGUUGAAAUUUAAACAGGAAUUCCAUCCCUGACACACACGAGUAUGGUGGGUUUAAUUUUGUUAACAUUUAUUACAAAGGCUGAAAAGAAUUUGUAAAAAGUUAAUGAAUUGUAUGUGGUGAAAGUACUUGUGGAUAAUAGAAUGGUUGUCCUUUCUCACAAUAGUUUUUUCCCAGAUUAUCCUAGAUCUUUGCCAUUCCCUGGUAUCCAUUGCCUGCACAAUAUAUCCUUUAACUUUGUAAUUCCACAGGCCAGCUGUUGGUACUAAAUGUUAUUUUGUUUAUAAAUCUAUUUAUUUAAAGAUAUUGAUAAAACACUUUCAGUGCAAUCCUAUGCAUAUUUCUUUCAAAAGCAUAUCAGAUGAUAUUCAAACAGUUUUUUCCACAUAUGCAUAGAAUUGUGUCAUUUGGGAGUAAAUAAAUAUUGUUUACAUUAUUUUCUACAUAAUCUGAAAUACGUGGUCUUGCAGACACCAGAUAAUUCCUUAAAUAUGUAAAAGAAAAACGUUAAAGAUAUUUUUUUAUUUUUGUUCAAGCCAAGAAAGGCUGAUUGAGUUCUAUGAGUGCUGCUAAAUACAAGUUUUAUAUAUUUUUUAAAAGGCUUCUAACCUAUGGCUGGAAAGUACAUUUACUCCACGAAAGUUUGGAAUGGUAGUAUUUAAGCCAGCCUCUGAUCCCCAAUACUUGGCAGUAGCUAUAGACAUGUUUGUCUUUUUCAUUUCUAUUGUUUUUCUUGGCUUCACCA